AAUUAAUUUAUAUUUAUAGUAAAAAUAAUAAAAUUAGGACAUUUAUAAAAAUUAUUCUAAAAGUGCUUAAAGUGUACCAUUGGUGGCCAUUACAAAACCUAAACUUUUUUAUCAAGACAAAUGUCCAUUUGAUUUGAUGUUUCGGCGACGUUGUGCAGCUAAUCAAAAGAUACAUUCCCCGCAAAAGAGGAGAAUGAGUUUAUGGUAACAAAAAUGAUUUUGAGAUAAAUUCCCAACAGUGAAUUUGUUAAAUAGUGUACAAAAAUAUAAAAAAAGCAAUAUUUAAAAAGUAGUGAUUUGAAAGUGGUGUGUAUCGUGACAUGGGGAUUAUGUGCUGGUGUGAAUAUUCUUGGAAGCUGUGGUGACAUGGACUGCAGGGGUGCGGCCAGGGAAGCUGAACUCCAGGAGUGAUCAGUGUGCUCGGCAUAGCACCUGCACCAGACCCUAGUAUUAUGAAUAAACGAGACAGCAAUAAGGAAAAGGAACGUCAAAGUGACGAUAAAAGAACUUCUGCCGCGACUGGUGCGGUGGGCGGGCGCGGCGUGGGCGGCAGCAGCGCGAUGCACACGUCGCGGCACUCGGUCACCUCCUCAUCGGGGGUGCUCAUGGUGGGGCCCAACUUCCGCGUCGGCAAGAAGAUCGGCUGCGGCAACUUUGGCGAACUUAGACUCGGGAAGAACCUCUACAACAAUGAACAUGUAGCGAUUAAGAUGGAGCCUAUGAAAUCCAAGGCUCCACAACUACAUCUAGAGUACCGAUUUUACAAGUUACUAGGCACGCACGCCCCGUCCACAGCGGAAGGUAUCCCUGAAGUGUACUACUUCGGGCCGUGCGGUAAAUACAAUGCCCUAGUGAUGGAGCUCCUGGGUCCGUCGCUGGAGGAUCUCUUCGAUCUGUGCGGCCGACGUUUCUCUCUAAAGACUGUAUUAAUGAUCGCCAUGCAGCUGUUGCACCGCAUAGAGUAUGUCCACACGAGGCACCUCAUAUACCGAGACGUGAAACCGGAGAAUUUUUUAAUAGGUAGAGCAUCGACUAAACGGGAAAAAGUCAUUCACAUCAUUGAUUUCGGUUUGGCCAAAGAAUAUAUAGACUUAGAGACAAACAAACAUAUCCCAUAUCGGGAGCACAAGUCGCUCACCGGGACCGCGAGAUACAUGUCAAUAAAUACACAUUUAGGGAAAGAACAAUCGAGACGUGAUGACCUAGAAGCCCUCGGGCAUAUGUUUAUGUAUUUUUUACGUGGUUCCUUACCCUGGCAGGGAUUAAAAGCUGAUACACUUAAAGAGCGAUACCAAAAAAUCGGCGAUACCAAACGGGCAACACCUAUUGAGGUGCUAUGCGAAGGUCACCCCGAGGAGCUGGCGACGUACCUCCGCUAUGUGCGUCGGCUGGACUUCUUCGAGACGCCCGACUACGAUCAGCUGAGGCGCAUGUUCCGCGACCUCUUCGAGCGACGCGGAUACGUCGAUGAUGGCGAGUUCGACUGGACCGGCAAGACCAUGCCCGCCAAUAUGCACGUCAUGAGAAUAUUGCGCAACGCACCGCCAUCUAAUAUUGUCAGAAAUAAAUCUGACAAGUCGACACCAGUGGGCUCAAUUCAAACUGGACACGAGAUUGUGGUAUCACCAAACCGCGACCGGCAUCAGCCAUUCCACAAGGAUGAGUUGUGUGAUUAUAUAGUUGGUUUGGAUGAGGAUGAUGAGGCGGCCCUAAUAUGCGUCGAGGGGGCCGUGAAGGAUACUGGAACGGGUGGCACCGCCAAUACCGGCGGUAACUGGCCUCACAGCGGGAAAGCCACGCCCCUAACUGCGGGCCACUUGACCCCAGCUGAUAGGCAUGGAUCUGUACAGCUAUUGAAGAAUAAGCAUUUUCGGUAUGUGAAAUUUCCCGGAUCCGUUUCCACGGUGGUGAGCUCUACGAAUGGCGAGCUGGGGGCGGAUGACCCGACGGCGGGUCACAGCAACACGCCCAUCACGCAGCCCCACCACGAGGUCGAUGUCGUCGACGACACCAAGUCAGUGUUUCAACUGCAAUCCGUUUAUUCCAGGUGUUGCUGUUUCUUCAAGCGCAAAAAGAAGAAGUGCGCGGCGCGCGCGGGCAAGUGACGCGUGUGCACGUGACCCGCGCACUAGCCCCCCACCCCUCCCCCCACAGACA